UGUUGUGCUCUAUCGCAAUCGCCUGCUCUUCAAUCAAAGUCAUUCACCAAUACUAGUGCUGACUCAACCGAUGUUCUCUUCAAGGUGGCUGCCGAAAAGCGCCUGAAACGAAAGAAUUCGCGAUUGGACAAAUGCGGAAUCCCCGAAGAAGAGCUGUAUCUUAUGCAGCAGCAAUUGAUACAACAAGCGCGUGAACAAGAUCCGGAUCAGUUACGAGCUCAAGCUGCAGCCGUUCAGCCGCUUGUGCAGGAGCAGCAAGUAUUUGCUGCACAGCCGGCGCAGGAUGAUGAUGAGUACGAUACCUGA